ACCAUAUUAUUCCUAUAAAUCAGAGCUUUUAAGCAAACCAAAGCUUCCAUUUACAUUUUUUUCUGCAAACUCAUAUCUUCAAUGGCUUCUACUCCCCAUGAGUCAUUGAAGUCAGCAGCAGCAGCACAGUUUCUCACAUUUGUGCUUUUCACCCUUCAGUUUUCUGCUAUUCCUACUAAUGCACUGAAUAUUGGUUUGCAAUUAGAUCCAGGCGUCAAAUUGAAAAAAGAGUGUAGCAGUACGUGUGAAUCCACGUUCUGUGGAGUUGCUCCAUUUCUAAGAUAUGGGAAGUAUUGUGGGCUUCUGUAUAGCGGUUGUCCAGGGGAGGCGCCAUGUGAUGGUUUAGACGCUUGCUGUAUGGCGCAUGAUAAAUGCAUUCAAAGCAAAAACAAUGACUAUUUUAGCCAAGAGUGCAACCAAAAUCUCCUCAAUUGCGUGAAUGGAUUCUACAAGUCAGGUGCACGAACUUUUAAAGGGAACACUUGUUCAGUGGAUGAAGUUGUUUUCCUUAUGAGAAAGGUGAUUGGCGCAGCCAUAUUGGCUGGAAGAAUAUUGCAUCAUAAACAAGAUGGAGUGUAGAAAUCUGUUUUAACUUUGUUGUUAAUUGUAAACCUUUGUAUCCUUUUGCUCUCUUUUGGUUCUAAUUCUUUUAUUUUUGUCAACCACUGUUAUUAAAAUGAAAUCCAAAUGGACUGAAGUUUGUUUUUCCUUA